AUGACUGAAGAUAUUCGUGAUAUUAUGGACAUAGAAAGGGGAUCCACUCCUCAGGUAUCUAAAGAAGACAUACUUGGUACACACAAAAAGAAAAUCUCACUACCAUCAGGUAAUCGUCAGACCCGUAGACCAGAAGGAAUGGCUCGUGAGGUGUUUGCCUUACUGUAUAAUGAUAAGAAGGAUGUGCCACCUGUUAUUGAAACCGAAACUGGUCCUACUUAUAAGCUCCAAAAAGCUAGAUUGGGUAUGCGACGUGUUCGUCCUUGGGUAUGGGCUCCUUUUAUCAACCCAGCUCGGACAGAUAAUGUUUCUUUUUCUCAUUGGCGGAGAGUUGCCGAUGAGGGUAAAGAGUACCCAUUUGCUAAGUUUAAUAAGAAAAUAGAAAUACCCAAGUACACAGAUAUUGAAUAUAAAGAACACUUAGUGUCGGAAACAUGGACUCAAGAAGAGACUGAUCGUCUUUUUGACAUGUGUGAAUGGUUUGAUUUACGUUUUAUAAUCAUUCAGGCUAGAUGGAACCUUGGAGAAUAUGAAAACGCUGUUAAGCGAUCUACUGAAGAUCUGAAAGAUAGAUAUUAUUCAGUGUGUAAUACGCUGACAAAGAUUAGAGGAGGGAGUGUCAAUGAAUCGAAAAUGUAUGAUGCCGAACAUGAAACUCGUAGAAAACAACAACUUGAAAGGCUUUAUAGUAGAACUCCUAAACAAAUAGAGGAGGAACAAACGUUAAUACAAGAAAUGCGUAAGAUUGAAGCACGGAAACGUGAUAGAGACCGUAAGACACAAGAUCUACAAAAAUUAAUUAGUGCUGUUGAUAAACAAAAUGAUAGUCGGAAAAGUUUGAAAAUUGACAAAAAAACAACUCAUCACCGUAAACGCGUUACUGUUCCAGUCAGGCCAACUCGAGUUGAUCCAAAUAACUUUGAAGCUACUACUAUUAAAUUUCCGGAUAUUAAAAAUAGUGGUGUGUCUACUCGCUCACAAAGAAUGAAAAUACCAGCUAAUGUUAGUCAAAAAAAAGUCAAAAAUGUUGAACAGGCUCUAGAGUCACUAAAAAUUAAAUUAAAUCCCAUACCAACUGAAGACAUAUGCCAAAAUUACAAUGAUCUGCGUAAUGAAAUUGUAUUGUUGAAUGAAUUAAAGGCAGCUUGUAGCUCAAGUGAUUUUGAACUGCAAACAUUAAAACAUCAGUAUGAAACGUUAAAUCCUGAUGGGAUUUUAAAAAUUGAUCCCCACCUUAUGGAAGAGAUGGCUAGUUUAAGUGUUGACGAUGAAGAGAAUGAAGAAGUACCAGAAAUAAAAAUAAAAAUAGAAAUUAAUGACCAAGAAAUGGAAGAUGAAACCGAUCUUAAUCUUCUGCCUAAAAAUGUUUUAGAUAUAAUAUAA